AUGGGUGCAUCAGGCUUAGGUUCUGCUUUAGCAAAUUGCAUUAAUCUCUCGAAUUUGACACUUAACCUUCGUGGAAAUUAAAUUGGUGCAAUGGGUGCAUCAGGCUUAGGUUCUGCUUUAGCAAAUUGCAUUAAUCUCUCGAAUUUGACACUUGACCUUGAUGGAAAUUAAAUUGGUGCAAUGGGUGCAUCAGGCUUAGGUUCUGCUUUAGCAAAUUGCAUUAAUCUCUCGAAUUUGACACUUUACCUUUAGUAAAAAUAGUUUAUUUGUUUUGGAUUGUGA